AUGGCGACGCAGCUAAAAAACGAGAAGGACGAGCGUGAACGUCAAGAGCAGGCCAAUUUUACAGCUCUUUCAGCUAUUGGCACUUUGACUAACAAGCGACCCCGUCUCUCGAUGAACCUGCCAAGCAGUGAACAAACCAUAAUCACCACUGGUGGUAAUCUCAGCAACAAUCUCAACUCAGCUACCAACGCUGCUACAGCCACAGGUUCCACUGGUUUCUCCCUUAUCAAUUCUACAUCUUCUCUGCGUUUGGUUCAACCUUCUUCUUCAAGUAAUCAGAUUUCAUCUACACCACGUUUUAAUCUCGCCGCUUCGUUACGUGCAAGGCGGGCUGGUUUGCGUGAACUCCAGGUUGUUUUGAACAAGGAUAGGCGUCUGUGUCGGUCUCGAGCUCUAUGUCGAACCUACUGGCAUUGA